CUCCAGCGGGUAUCAGCACCGCCUUGUAAAUAUACUCUUCUCUCGUGGUUCCUCUUUUCACAGCGCUCUCUCCCCCCCACCUCACCCAUAUUCCCCACCAGCAAAAGGAGCACAGGAGAAAAAGCAGCACAAAGAUGUCCAACGACUUUGUAAUGACCAUCGACGACGACGACGAGUCGGUGCCCUUCCUCGAUGAGGAGGAGCUUGACCAGGAGGAAGUCGUCACCAAAAAGAAGAGCAAGAAGAAUAAGAAGGGUAGUAACCAGGUUCCCAAGGAUACCGGAGACCUUGAUCCAAACUUUUCUUUUGAUACCGAGGGGGGUGGACAUAUGGGCGCCCACCACGAUUGGGACUUCACAGCUGCCAGAGCUGCCCUGCGCGCUCAGGACGAGAUGCAGCCCGGCUUGAGUCUAGACGAAAUUAUUGCACGGAAGCGUGCUCAGGUCAAGGCCAAGAAGUCAGGAAAGAUCGUUGCGCCUGUGGAGGAGGAGAAGGAGAUCAAUGAGGACGAUGAGAGUGAAUUCCAAGAGGCCUCAGAUUCGGACGAGGAGGGUGAUGAAAACGACAUGGAGGGUAUCAAGUUUGACGAGGAUGAUGAAGAUAAUGAUGAUGAUGGUUUUGGCGCUGGUCGUGACGAGGAUGCUGGACUUGAAGAUAAUGAGGCUGAAGCGGCUGAACUGGAGGAUGAAAGUGAGGAGGAAUCAGAGGAUGAGGAGUCGGAAGGAUCAGAAUCAGAAGACGAGGAAGAGGAAGAGGAGAACGAUAGUGAUGAUGAGGAGGAGGAAACAGAGUACCAGAAAGAGCGUAAAAAAGCAUACUUCGCUCCGGAAUCAGACACUCCCGUCGAUGUUGCCGAGACAUUUGCCACCAUGAAUCUCUCACGUCCUAUUCUGAAAGGGUUGGCGCAGGUCGGAUUUGUUCAGCCUACUCAGAUUCAGGCUAGAACCAUCCCUGUGGCAUUGAUGGGCAAGGACAUCUGUGGUGGUGCCGUUACUGGUUCAGGAAAGACUGCCGCCUUUGUGGUCCCCGUUCUGGAGCGUCUCCUUUACAGAUCCAGGCAGACAGCAACAUCGCGUGUUUUGAUUCUCUGUCCGACUCGUGAGUUGGCCAUUCAGUGUCACAGUGUCGCUCAGAAACUCGCCAGCUUCACGGAUAUCACCUUUGGACUUUGUGUCGGUGGUUUGUCGCGCAGUGCUCAGGAGAUUCAGCUUCGCACGCGCCCAGAUGUCUUGAUCGCCACCCCUGGUCGUUUGAUCGAUCAUAUCCUCAACUCGCGCUCUUUCACCCUCGACCACAUCGACAUCUUGAUCAUGGAUGAGGCCGAUCGUAUGCUCGAGGACGGUUUCUCAGCAGAGUUGACCGAAAUUGUCAAGGCUUGCCCUCAGAACCGACAGACGAUGCUCUUCUCCGCCACUAUGACAGACAAUGUUGACGAACUGAUCCGCAUGUCUCUGAACAGACCUGUUCGUCUUCAAAUCGAUGCCAGCAACGCCACAGCAGCACGCCUGAUUCAGGAAUUCGUCCGUAUCCGUCAUCAUCGUGAGGAGGAUCGUCCAGCAGUAUUGCUGGCGCUGUGCUCCCGUACAUUCAAGCGUCGUGUUAUUAUCUUUUUCAGGUCCAAGGCAGCAGCACAUCAGAUGAAGAUGAUUUUUGGACUCAUGGGACUUCGUGCGGCAGAGUUGCACGGAAAUCUCACGCAGGAACAGCGUCUGGCGUCUUUGGAGGAAUUCAGGGAUGAGCGCGUUGACUUUUUGUUGGCCACGGAUCUCGCCUCUCGUGGUUUGGAUAUCAAGGGUAUCGAUACCGUCAUCAACUUCAACAUGCCCCAAAAUUACUCCAUCUACCAGCAUCGUGUCGGUCGUACGGCCCGUGCGGGACGAAACGGUCGUGCUGUGACCCUGGCAGGAGAGAAUGAUCGCAAGCUGUUGAAGAUGGCGAUCAAGAACGCAGAUAAGAAGACGGUCAAGCACCGCGUGAUUCCUCAGGAUGUCAUUACCCGGUACCGUGAGCGCGUCGAGGGCUUGACGGAGAGCGUGAAGGAGAUUAUGGCAGAGGAGAAGGAGGACAAGGUCCUUCGCCAGGCAGAGAUGGAGAUGAAGAAGAGUCAGAACCUGUUGAAGCAUGAGGACGAGAUUUACAGCCGACCGGCCAAGACGUGGUUCCAAACUACAGAUGAGAAGAAAUUGGCUGCAGACAAGGGCAAGGCUGCAUUGAACGACCCUAAGAAGCGCAAGGCCGUCGAUGCGGAUGCACCUAAACGUGACCGCUUCGCAGGCAUGUCUCGCGCUAAGCGAAGACGUCUGCAGCUCACGGAGGAGGAUCAUCAGGACAUCAACUCUCACGCAAAGUCGAUCAAGUCCGCAAAGAAGGCGCUCAAACCCAACAAGAUUCCCAAACUGGCACCGGAGAAGGUCGCCACGAAACCCCAGGGUCAGAAGAAAAAGAAAAAGAAGGACGUUGAUUUUAGUAGAGAUCUGGCUGAUGCCUCGAAACAGGGCGUCGCAGCUGCCAAGAAGCUGGGCGGCGGAUCGAAGUUUGGAAAGGACAAGAAGGAUGAGAAGAAGGAACGUGGCGGUAAAUUGGGCAAACUUCGUGGCAACAAGUCGUUCAAGAGUUCAAAGAAGUACAAGAGACGUUAAAACAGCGCGCAGCGUGCAUCUAUAAACCCAAUCAUAUUGCAUUCACCCAUCUCAUUCAAC